CGCGCGCGGUCCUGCCCCCGGCACUGCCCACAGGGGCGCUUCUUCUCCGGCUGCUUGUAGCACCGGUCUCACUGUCCCCGCCGUCAGCCACCAGUUCCUUAUCAGUCUCAUUCCCCAUUGUGGCUUUACUGAGCCCGUCGCCAGGCCUCGCUGUCUUCUUUGCCUUCCUCUCUCCUCCUCAGCGGCCGUACUUUGCGCCGUACCUCACCUGGCCUGCAGGUGAGCAGUAGCGCAGCGCCCCUGUCCGGCGAGCUUACCUUGCCCAGCCCGGCCCUUGCCGGAGUGGCACCGGCACCUCUCCAAGACUCCCUCUUCCCAGCAGGAUGAAGAACCCCAUGCUGGAGGUGGUGUCUCUACUACUGGAGAAGCUGCUCCUUAUCUCCAACUUCACGCUCUUCAGUUCGGGCGCCACGGGCGAAGACAAAGGGAGGAACAGUUUUUAUGAAACCAGCUCCUUCCACCGAGGCGACGUGCUGGAGGUGCCCCGGACCCACCUGACCCACUAUGGCAUCUACCUAGGGGACAACCGUGUUGCCCACAUGAUGCCUGACAUCCUGUUGGCUCUGACGGACGACAUGGGGCGUACGCAGAAGGUGGUCUCCAAUAAGCGUCUCAUCCUGGGCGUCAUUGUCAGAGUGGCCAGCAUUCGCGUGGACACAGUGGAGGACUUCGCCUACGGAGCUAACAUCCUGGUCAAUCACCUGGACGAGUCCCUCCAGAAGAAGGCACUGCUCAACGAAGAGGUGGCGCGGAGGGCUGAGAAGCUGCUGGGCUUUACCCCCUACAGCCUGCUGUGGAACAACUGCGAGCACUUCGUGACCUACUGCAGAUAUGGCACCCCGAUCAGUCCCCAGUCCGACAAGUUUUGUGAGACUGUGAAGAUAAUUAUUCGUGAUCAGAGAAGUGUUCUUGCUUCAGCAGUCUUGGGAUUGGCGUCUAUAGUCUGUACGGGCCUGGUGUCAUACACUACCCUUCCUGCAAUUUUUAUUCCAUUCUUCCUAUGGAUGGCUGGCUAACUUCAUACCCCCAUGUCAGUGUGUGUAUUCUGUAUGUAAAUAUUUUUAUAUUUAUAGAGCAUCAAUCAGUAUAAGCAUUAUUGAGAAAAAUGUGACCUGUAACACUGUGUUCUGGAUAAAAAUGUGAUUAGGAAUCACGCAGAGUGCUUACUGUGUAAGCCCAAGAACAAAGGCUUUCUAAAUCUUCUCAGGCAGUUCAGAUUUAAAGCACCAUCCAAACCUUGGAAAUAUGACAGGUUGUGGUAGAAUUCAGCAAUAUGAGAAAACCAGCCCCUAAGAUCAUAGCCACAGGCAAUUAAUUGUGGUUUUUUUCUCUUGUAAUCCUUGUAUUGUUAAGCAGAAUUUGGAGAUUGGAAGACUUACAUUGAGACCAGUAACUUUACUGUAAAUUUACUUUGUUUCAUUGAAAAAACAAAUUGGUAAACUUAUAUUAAACUGGAAGAACUUUCCUUAUUCAAAUGAAACCAUGUUUGAUGACUGGUCAAAAAAUAAGCUCAUAAUCUAUUUUUUUCAUGUAGUAUAUAGGUCAAGAAUGUUUUAUUGUCAUUACGUGAAACCAAUAUUGACAAAUAGUACUUUAAUGAUAUUGGCAAAUAGUACUUUAUGAUAAAGUAAAUGACCAGAAUGAUAAAGUAAAUGACCAGAAAGUAUAGAAAUCUGUGUUUUCCUGUAAAAACAGCACCAUAGUAUCACUUGAAUAAUUGGAUUUGGCUUUACUUACUAGGAAACCUGGAAUUCAUCAUUUUUUUCCUUUUAUGUGCCACUGUGGUUACUUUAAAUCACUCUCAGAGGUAAAUGGAUAUAGGAUUGAAGUUAUGUGGGUAUUUGGCAUGUGUGUGUGAAAUAAAUAUGUAGAUAGUCACAUAUACACAGACUGAGAGACAAAUUGUUCUUGAUUGCUUUAUUAUCAUAAUACUAGUGUGGUAUAGAGUAUCUAUAGAGGUGAAUGUAAAAGUAAGUCCAAUCUAUUUUCUUAUGUCCUUGAAUUUGUAGUGUUAACUUGUAUAUAUGUUAUUGGAUGGGCUGUCUUUUAAAGCAUUUACUAAUGUACUGUGAAAUUUUUAAAAGCCUUCAGAUUUGUUUCCUAGUCACUUUUCUCCAUAUCAUUUUGAAUUAUAGUUUAUAUCCUUAAAAGAAGGAUGCCACAGCAGUAUGUAAAAUCCAAACAAGUAGAACCCAAACAAAUAAAAUUAUUUAAAAUAAUUUUAAAGUGGCUUAGUACUGCCAGUCAUGUAAAUUGAUUUUGCUGAGGGUCUUAUAAGAAUUGAGAUAUAGCAAUGGUAAAACAAGUAUUCAAGCACUUUUACAAAAUGACCAAAUUCUUAAAAUGAAGCCACAGCUAGACUUGCAUUUCUUAACUGUCUAGAAUCACAAAAUAACAAUUCAAUCAUAUUAUGAGUGAAUAUGGGGAGGGCGGGGCCAGUCAAUGAUAAUCUGAACAAAUUUUAAGAACAGGAUUUUAGAUUAAAUAAUGUUUUAUCAUUACUAAUUUGCCCACAACAAACUUAGUGUUUAAUUUUUCAAAUUAAAUAUUAACUUAUUUAAGUCUUAUAAAUAAUUAAAACAUUAAAUGGCAACACCACAGAAUAUAGGUGUUCUCUGGACCUAUUCCAACCACUUAAAAUUAUCUUAAGUAUGCAUAUAUAAAAGCAACAACUAUGAGAACUACUGUCUUAGUGGUUUUUCACUUACUAUGUAUUACCCUUGUAGGAAUAGUUUAAGUAAAUUCAUUUCUUAAAAAGACAGUGUCCUCAAAUAAUUAAUUUUUUUGCAAACUUUAGUUAUUACAGGCAGCAAAAACCACUGUCUGAAAUUAAAUCUGUGUUCAAAGACCCCUCAUUAAAAGCUAAGGACAUUCUUAAGAUUGGAAUUGAAAUAAUUAGUCUUGACUUACUUCAUUAAAGCAAGAUUCAAUUCCUUGUUCAUUUGAGUGUUCAUUAUAUGCCAGGCAUUGACCAGUUGCAAUUUUAUGAUCCAGAAUUAAUAUUAUUAUUUGUAAACUAGCUAUAAUUGAGUAUGUACAGUGCUGUGGGAACAGAGGGGAAGAAGCAAUUAAAUCUGCCAGAAGGGUAAGAGAAAUCUAUAUGCAGGAGGCAAUGCUAGCAUUAAGCCAAGAAAUAGUGUGAGGUGAUCUUAUCACACUGAUGUGUUCAACUGUUUAUGGGAAAAGGAAACUAGGAUGGUUUUAUUUGUGAAAUGUUCUACAACACUAGAACUGUUGAACUUCUUGGGAGAAAAGGAGAGUCUUUGUUUUGUUGUGCUGAGUUUGAUUAGUUCUUAACAAAGUAGAAAGAAAAGCACAUCUUCCUGAUCACAGUUAUAAAAGAAACCCUGAGGCCAGGCGCGGUGGCUUACACCUGUAAUCCCAGCACUUUGGGAGGCU